AUGAGUUUAAAAAGAAUUGUUAUGCUUGGAACUGGUGCAGUUGGAAAAUCUGCAAUUACAUUACAAUAUGUUUCACAUUACUUUGCUAGUGAUUAUAAUCCUACUAUUGAAGAUUCAUUUAGAACUUCUAUUACUAUUGGAGAUGAUAAUUAUCCAAUAGAAAUAUUAGACACUGCUGGUCAAGAAGAAUUUGAUGCUUUAAAAGAUACAUACAUUAGAAGUGGUGAUGGAUUUGCAAUUGUUUAUUCUAUAACAUCAUUAAAUACUUUCUUAGAAGCUAAUGAAAUUAGAGAACGUAUUUAUCGAGUUCUUGACAAAGAUCCUAGUCAACAUAUCCCUAUUUGUUUAGUUGGUAAUAAAAGUGAUUUAGAAAGUGAACGUAUUGUAUCAAAAGAACAGGCUGAAGAAUUGGCUUGUUUAUGGGGUAUUUCAUUUAUUGAGACAAGUGCUAAAAAGAAAUCAAAUAUCAAUGAGUUAUAUCAAAUUAUAAUGAAAGACAUUAUUGAUACAAAAACGAAAGAAGAUGAAGAAAAAAAGAGGCUUGAAGAACAUGAAUCAAUUACUAAAAAGUCAUCAAAAAAACAAAGGGAUGGUAAAAAGUUUUAUAAGAAAAUUGGAUGUUCUGUUAUGUAA